AUGAACAUCCCUACUCAUUUCCACCAACUAUGGCGUUUAAGGCAGUUUGAGCGACUAAUUAGGACCAACCGACUUCUAUACCCUUACAUUUUUGCAGGUUUUGAUCAUCAGCUGUGUGGGGUGACCGGGAAAGGAGAUAUGGAGGCACCUAUCAGGAUCCUACCUCCAUCUGGUGUCACUGAAUGGUUUCAAAAAUUUGAAGGGUGGUCGACAUUGGCAAUAAAUGUGGAAGACAAACAAGAACAUGUUUUUUUCAAUCCCUGGUAUUGUACAAUGGAGAGGGAAACCAACAGGAUGAACGUGGUUUAAACCGUUAGAUGAUGAACGGGUUAUUGGAUUUAAAGAUGAUGGAUGUUAGGUAGGAAAUUUUUGGGGAAAACUAUGGGUAGCAGGAAAAAUGAUGUCCGAAAAAACAGAUGGUAUAGAAGAAUAAUGAAACGAAGGGAUAGGUUGGGUGGAGGGAAAAGAGUCGAGUUGAUCAGGCUCGAUGACCACGAGAAGCAAAACAAAAUCUGUAUUUUAUUCACUUUCUUAUAAAUAUUGAAGACUUCCAACCCCCGCUACGCGGGGGAACAUUCUCUAUAUCUAAUAAAUAAUCAAUUGUAUCAAGUUGUUGUUAGUGUGACCCA